CAGACAAGUUAAGAUAGCAUUGAAAACUACACACACUCUAUUCCUCUCUUCACAUAAGGAUAUACCUCCCCUAUCCAAUGAAUAUUUUCAUCUUCACUUUUAUAUAUUCCACGUUUCGAUAUCCAUUUUGGUUUGGUUUUCAUGUCUUUCUUUGAACCAUUCGUUUUUUUUUUUCAGCUUCUCCUAUGUUGGACAGAGCAUAUUCUUUCUUAUUCCACAUUUGUCCCAAAAUAAGGUUGAAGCUAUUCCAUACAUUACUAAAAACUUGAAAUGAAAAUAACUUGUGUUGGAGCUUAGGAUCAAUGGCUGCUGAAUCUGGUUAUAGAGAUAUAAUAAUAUGCAAUUCUGGAAUAAAGUUUGAUUAUGAGACUAAUCUUCAUCCAACUACCUUAUUUGCAAGCAUUGGUCAAGCUGGAUUUGGAUUUGCGGUUUCACCAAAUCCUCCAACUCUUGUUACUACAAGAGAUAGUGCCACAAAACGUCCAAUACUUAACUCUUCAAUGAAAUAUGCUUUGAUACCUGAACCAACUUUUCAAACUCCAAGUUUUCAAGGAUUACUUAAUGGCGCGGCAUUGAAAGUUGUUGAGGAAAGCCUUGGCAUGAUGAAAGGAAGAAAUUUGAAGGGGUUUAGCAUGAAAUUCAAGAUUGGGAAUCCAUCACUGAGAAGAUUGAUUAGUGGGGCAAUUGCUGGUGCAGUGUCAAGAACAGUUGUGGCACCGUUGGAGACCAUAAGGACACAUUUGAUGGUGGGGAGUUGUGGACAUAAUACAACUCAUGAAGUGUUUCAAUCUAUUAUGGAAGUUGAUGGAUGGAAGGGAUUGUUCAGGGGAAAUUUGGUAAAUAUCAUCCGAGUUGCGCCGAGCAAGGCUAUUGAGUUAUUUGCGUAUGACACCGUCAAAAAACAAUUGUCUCCCAAACCUGGAGAGAAGCCAACAAUUCCAAUUCCCGCCUCAUCAAUUGCAGGGGCUGUAGCUGGAGUUAGCUCUACGCUAUGCACAUACCCUCUAGAGCUACUCAAAACUCGUCUCACUGUUCAGAGAGGUGUGUACAAGAAUUUUGUGGAUGCAUUUCUGAGAAUUGUUAGAGAAGAAGGUCCAGCAGAGUUGUACAGAGGACUGACACCGAGUUUAAUCGGCGUAAUCCCUUAUGCUGCAACAAAUUAUCUAGCUUAUGACACACUUAGAAAAGCUUACAAGAAAGCUUUCAAUAAAGAGGAAGUUGGGAAUGUGAUGACUCUACUAAUGGGAUCAGCUGCUGGAGCAUUUUCAUGCAGUACAACAUUCCCACUUGAGGUGGCUCGUAAGCAUAUGCAAGCUGGGGCUCUAAAUGGAAGACAAUACAGCAACAUGCUUCAAGCCCUCAUGAGUAUACUUGAAAAGGAGGGGCUUGCAGGGUUGUAUAGAGGUUUGGGACCAAGCUGCUUAAAAUUAGUUCCUGCUGCUGGGAUUUCUUUCAUGUGUUACGAAGCUUGCAAGAGGUUACUUGUCGAAAAUGAAUAAAAUUAGCAGUAGCUACCAGUGGUGUUCCAUAUAUUCUGUCCAAAGGAUAUAAUAUUUUUUGUGCUUUAGGCUCUGCGCAUAUUGCUUUACCUUGACAUUAUCCAGUUUCGACCAGGGUGAUAUAUAUUAGUACACUGAGUUCUAUUAUACAAAUA